UAAAUUUGGAUUAGACAAAACUCGCCCCAACCCUACCCAUGCUGAUCCGAGAUUCUAAGUUCGCAGGAGUAACUCGUAUUUGCCUGCCUUUUUGUCUCCGCGAUCUUCAUCCAAGGAAGAGAGCCAUAAGAUGCCGAGAGAGACGAGUCCUGGCCUCAAAAUCCUCUGGAUAUGGACCAUUGGCACAGCAGCAGUGCUAGUUACUAGUGUGGUGAGGACGAGGAUGAGAGACAUGGAGCAGUUCAUGAACACUGAGCAACAACCUCACCAUAAUCAGCAGCAGCAACUAGAGCCGAACGAAACCAGCUCCGGUGAGUCGAUCGUUUUGGAAGACUCGCCACCGCCUCCCAGCGAAGGAAUUGCUGAAGAAAUCAAGUCAAUGUUACAUCUGGUCACAACAACACUAUUUGCUACGUUGCAGCAAAAUGUGGAAGGAUACAGAUAGCAGAGAAGAUCAUUGGUUUGUUUCCAGGCCUGCUUCAUCAGACGAAUUCCAAAGGUGCUCCCCAUUACAUGUUGCAGCGAGGUUAGGCUGCUUGGAAAUGAUUCAGCUGUUGGUGAACUGUGCUAAACUUGUCGAAGUGGUGAAGGAGCUGCUGAGAAUGGAGAAUGUGGAGUGUGGACAAGGACACGGCUCUUCGUGUUGCCGUGAGAAAUGGGCACUUUGAGUUUGUGAGUUUGUUAAUCAGUGAAGAUCCCGAGUUGACUUUAGUCCUGAAUACUGCUGGAGAGUCUUCUCUUUUUCUGGCUGUGGAUUGCAAGUUCUACGGGAUUGCUCAGCAUAUCCUUGAAACUGUUCCUUCAUGUUGCUAUGGAGGAAGGACUGACAUGAAUGCUCUACAUGCAGCCAUUAUAAGAGCUUAUCGGAGGUUUCUGCUCAUGGAUGCAGUGACCAACAUCAUGGCUUUCUGUUCUAGAGCUUUAAUCAUGUUCAUUAACCGAUUCCUUCUGGCGGCGCUCAAGCUUGAUUACUUGAAUUUCAGACUGUCUUGCAGCUUCAGUUACAUCGGUCCAGGUAUAUGCUUCAUCAUCUUUUAAACAUACCCCCUGUUCAAGAAUCUAGCUUGCUGCUGAAGCAUAUGAUCAACACAGCUAGAUCAGGAAAUGAAAAUCGAAGUGGAACAUCAAGAACUAAAAUGAACUGCUCUUAUUUUUCUAUCGAAUUAAUUGAUGUGCUCAAUACAAAUUGUACCAUCUACCCAUUGAACAG